UCGACGUCGAGACGCCAUCGACGAAGGACACGCGCCGCGACGCUUCUUUCUAGAAAUUUGAAUAUGUAAACAUAUUUAUUCGGUACAAUAGUUGACAUAGAAAUCGAAGCGAAAGUCUUCCUUCGACCUCGAUGUGCGAAAAAACGGAUUCCCAUUAAUUGAUCUAAAUGUGCAGUAAACUUCUCAUUUUGGAGCACUAUUCCUAUAAAUCGUCAGAAUUGUCUACAAGUUUAAUUGAACAACGCAAGUUUUAGAAUCUCACAUAUGUUAUAGUCGAAUAAAAAAAGGGCACCGAAAAAAAAAACUAGUAAAAAACAGCAAAAAAAAAUUAUGUUCGAUGAUCCAGAACCGGUAUUACCCGCUCCUCGUGUUCUUGUGAAUCACCGACGUGAAACCAGCUAUAAAUUCUUCUAGAAAAAAACACCCUCGGUGAUUAUUCAAAUAAAUCACAGGAGGUGGUCGAUCAUCCCCUGCCGUGCAGGAAGUUCUCGGUGCAGCGUCCGCCUCGGCAUCAGAAUCGCAAAUGAUUGCGACGCAGGCAGUUUCUAGGGGUGGUUCUCGCCUCGGUCAGUACGAAGACGGUAGUGCGCCCGGAAUGGUUUCUGGUAGCACUGGCGCUGGGGGUGGAAUGGCCGGGGGUAGCAUCCCCUCGGAGGACCAGGUGGCAGCACGUAACGACGAUUCCCCUCAACCUGCGAUGCCGAUGACCUCCACUAUGCCGGGAAGAGGCGCUGCGGACACCGACGAUGUGGACAGCGACGAGGAUGGCGUGAACCUGGGGAUCGGUGGAGGUGGAAUCGGUGGUGGUGGAGCCAGUGGAGGAGGUGGGGAUGGCAACGGAGGCAUGGGUGGAUAUUGGAGGCAGCACAGCAGACCUUCUAGUCCUCGUAUGCCGCCCCCAGAGCAGCCGGAGACCAGGCCGAAAAGCCGUCAGGAACCGGCGCCGCCGAGGUACAAUAAUCUAGGAUAUUGGAGGGCCAGACGCGUCACUUUCUACAAAAAUGGAGACCCUUAUUUUCCCGGCGUCGAAUUCAGAUUUAAACCCGGUCGGGAUAUCGGAUCGCUCGAAGCUCUACUGGAUCGACUGUCCCUGCGUCUCGAUCUGCCCCGGGGGGCUCGGCACAUUUUUUCAAUGGACGGUGACCGUAAGGUGACCUUGGACGAACUGGAAGACGGAGCUUCGUAUGUGGUUUCUAGCUACAAGACGUUUAAGCCCGCAAGCUACGGGAAGAAGAGUAACACGUGGUACGCAACCCCAGGGGGUGGCGGAGGGGUGGCGGGCGCCAGAGCAGGUGGAACUGGAUGGAGUAGACCCCCAGCGGUCGGAAGUCUUAGCCGCAAAGCGUCAAUCAGCGACGAAGCGCCUCCGCCUGGGGGUGGAAAACCUUCGUCCGGGCGGGUCAUCAGAAUCGUCAAUAAUCUCGAUCACACCGUGCAGUGCCGCGUUCUGCUGAAUCUUCGGACGUCGCAGCCAUUCGAAGAGGUCUUGGAAGACUUGGGUCAGGUACUCAAGAUGAAUGGAGCUAAGCGAAUGUUCACCGUAACGGGGUUAGAGGUGCGCAGCUUUUCUCAAUUACGAAACGAGUUCGCGGACGUGGAUACUUUUUACCUCGGAGGUGGCACGGGGAUCGGAGCUGUUGCGAUCACAGCAUCCCCGGCGCGAAGAUCCAGAUCUCGAGGUCCGCCAACCGUCGUUGAAGAUCUGAGUCGACAGAGACGCGCUCGAAGUAAGAGUAGACCACGAGCACUCUACGCCCCCGAAUCGGAAGUCGUCCGAGUGAACGACUACAGCGUAGUCGAAGUGCUGCGAGAGGAACCAACCAGAGUAACGAUCAGGGGAUUGCGACGUUCUUUUUACCCGCCGUCGCUGCUUCCACCGGUUGAUAAUUCACCACCGGAAAAGAAGCUCCAACUCGAAUGGGUCUACGGAUACAGAGGAACUGAUACCCGCAGAAAUCUCUGGGUUCUCCCCAGUGGAGAACUCCUUUAUUACGUUGCUGCGGUCGCCGUACUCUACGACAGAGAAGAGAACGCGCAGAGGCACUACAUCGGUCACACCGAGGACAUCACCUGCAUGGAGGUUCAUCCGAGUAGAGAACUCGUUGCUUCCGGACAGAAAGCAGGAAGACACAGGAAGGCUCAACCGCACGUACGAAUUUGGUCCACGGAGACUCUUCUGACGCUCUACGUUUUUGGAAUGUCUGAAUUUCAACUGGGGGUUGCAGCCCUAGCCUUCUCGCAGUUGAAUGGGGGGAGUUACGUCUUGGUGGUUGAUUCUGGGAGGGAGGCGAUUCUCUCAGUUUGGCAAUGGCAAUGGGGACAUCUUCUGGGCAAAGUAGCCACUCUUCAAGAGGAUCUUACGGGUGCGGCCUUCCAUCCCUUGGACGAUAAUCUCCUGAUAACUCACGGUCGGGGCCAUUUGACUUUCUGGAACCGUCGCAAGGACGGAUUUUUCGAGAGAACCGACAUAAUAAAACCGCCUGCCCGCACUCACGUGACAAGCAUCCAAUUCGAACAGGAUGGGGAUGUCGUUACGGCGGAUAGCGACGGUUUUAUAACCGUUUAUUCGGUAGAUGCGGACGGAGCAUACUUUGUUCGUAUGGAAUUCGAGGCUCAUAACAAAGGUAUAAGUUCUCUCGUGAUGCUUUCCGAAGGCACCUUGCUUUCCGGGGGUGAAAAGGAUCGAAAAAUAGCCGCGUGGGACUCGCUGCAAAACUACAAACGCAUUACCGACACGAAGUUACCCGAAGCUGCUGGGGGAGUUAGAAGCAUUUAUCCGCAGCGACCCGGUCGUAAUGACGGUAACAUUUACGUUGGCACAACGAGGAACAAUAUCCUCGAAGGUUCCUUGCAGCGGAGGUUCAAUCAAGUUGUUUUUGGACACGGGAGACAACUUUGGGGUCUCGCGGUCCAUCCCGAUGACGAAGUAUUCGCCACAGCCGGUCAUGACAAGAACAUCGCUCUUUGGCGUCGGCACAAACUUCUUUGGACCACGCAGGUUGGCUUCGAGUGCAUCAGCAUAGCUUUUCAUCCCUUCGGAGUCGCUCUGGCAGCCGGAUCUUCCGAAGGUCAUCUUCUUGUGUUAGCCGCUGACACGGGUGCCGCUGUUGCCACUCUAAGAGUCUGCGGAUCACCACUUUCUUGCAUCGGUUACAAUCCGACCGGCGAGACGAUUGCUCUUGGUUCCCAAAACGGAAGCGUUUACCUCUUCAGGGUUUCUCGGGAUGGAUUUUCGUACAAGAAAAGCAACAAAAUUCGGGGAGCUCAACCCCUCGUCCAGCUGGACUGGAGUUCCGACAGCAGAUUCUUGCAAACCGUCACGCAGGAUUACGACCUCGUAUUUUGGGACGUCAAAGCUUUGUCCUCGGAAAAGAGUCCUCUGGUCAUGAAGGACGUUAAGUGGUACACGCACAAUUGCAUGGUCGGUUACAUGGUUUCGGGGAUGUGGAAUAACCGGUAUUACCCCCUGAACACCGUACUCUCUACGUCGAGUCGAUCGGCCGCUCACGACAUGCUCGUUUCCGGCGAUGCCGAAGGAUACUUGAGGCUCUUCCGAUACCCUUGUACUAGUACAAAGGCCGAGUAUGCGGAGGAAAAGGUUUACAGUUCGCAGGUGGCCUGCGCACGUUUCCUCUACAACGAUCAAAACGUCGUGACCGUUGGCGGAACCGAUGCCGCUCUCAUGCUGUGGGAAUUGGUUGACGAAUGAAUAAUAUAUUAAUGGCAAGUUUCCGACGGAAAUUAGAUUUUCACCAGUUUUAGAAAAGUACUUUCUGAUUGAUGAGGUGUUCGGGAGACGGAGAGAAAUAAAGUGAUUUGAAAUUAAUGAAAAUCUCUAAACACAAUAUAGCAAUAAAGCGAAUUAACGGAGAUAUAGUCGGAACAAAUUGAAGUAAAAUGGAUUAGGUAUGUAACAUUGAAUUUUAACUAUUAGUUGAUUGAAAAUUGAUGAGAAUUUCAAUUGUCGUAUUCAAGGGGUGCAGGCGCUCCUUGUAUCGUAGUUUGUUAUUAAUUUCUAAGAUCAUACCUAUGAUAAUAAAAAGAUAAAUAUUUAAUCCGUGUUCGAACGUCGCGACCACGUUGAAUUUUCAAUCGAAUUUCGAUUAAUCUAUAUUUAUCUCGUAAAUAAUAGCAUAGAAUAUAGUUUCGUUUUCCUUCUCUCUACGAUUUAGUUAUAAUAAACAACAUAACAAUAAUGAAACUAGCGUAAUUUCUAUACACUAUACGUAAUAGACGUUGAAUAAAAUGUUGCAGGCCAACUAACGCAGAACCGAAAUAAUUUUCAAUUUCUUUUCCAAUUUCUUAUACAAUACUAUACCAAAUGAAUCACCCUGAACAACGAUGUAAAGUAGCGAAGAUUUAUACUGUGAGGCUCGCCGACCAUUUAAUAAUGACCACACACAUAUUGAAAAAGCUUUUGAAUAAAGAAACAUUAUAGGAACAAAAGCAAGUAUUUGAAUGUUUUGAAACUUUUUUAUGGUUCAGAGAAUUUUUGAUUCUAAUAGUCUUUAUAGCAUGAGGUGAUCACUGCCAAAUUCACUUUCAAUUGAACGUACUAGUAUGCAAAAUAGAGAAAAAAAAGAAAAUCCGCCACGCAUAACCCUGCUUCAUAUAAUUCUCUAUAGAGUUUAAAGUGAACACGAAUUAUCUCAUUUUUAAUUAUAAUGUAGCUAUUCAUUAAUCGAUAAAAUUAGGCGCUUUACUCAACAAAUUAAAUAUACGUAGCUUUCACGAAUAUGUCAUAGAGAUAAAAUGCCAGUGAGGAUUUUUGGAUUAAUAGAAAUAAUCAAAAAUUAUGUUAAAUUAAAUUUGCUUUUGUACAAAUAUUGUAGAAAUUUCGGCUUUUCGUCACGUGAUCACGUGUACUUCGGUUGUUAAGAAAAUUGUUGGUUGGAUUUUUCAAAAAUCCUGGGACUGAAUGAGGAGGGUGUACGCGGCCGAGAGUAUAUAAUUAAUUGUAAGCGAAAAAUUGCUACAUUUGACAUUAAAUUAUCAUUAUUAUAUACGAUGGAUAUACUAUACCCACGUAUCGUAGCUGUUAUGAUCUUGUAUGUUCACAAUAAAUAAUAAUGUUUCAGUUUCUAGAAAUGCGUGUUAUCCUUCAUUCCACUAUUUCAUCAUGUUUGUGUUUCUAGUAAAAUUAUAAAUUCAAAAUUUUCAACGUUAUGCCAUUUUUAAGAAAGACAUAUUUUAUUAAUUCAUCGUUACAACGUUUUCAAAUUUUUCUUUCUGUAGUAUAUUAUCAGUAUUAUUGUUACUAUUACAAUAUUAAUGUUCUAUUAUUAUUACAGUUAUUUUUAUUGCUAUCUACGUUCAAGAAAUGACGCAAAAUGAAUUGUUUGUAAUGUUUGAUGCUAUUUUUAUUUGUGCAUCACCAUCAUGCGGGCUACAGAAUCCCAGGUAUAUGGUCGUUGAUUUUCACAUAAGUUAAAAUCCGUUAUAUGUUGAAUGCAUUACUACCGAAAUUUAUUUUUCAAGAAUAAUUUUUUUUUCAUUUGUAAACUAUUCAAGAUGUCAUUUAAUUAUCGUAUUGGGAUAAUGUAUCUUCACCCAUAAAAUAUUUCAACUUGUUGAAUAAAAAAUCAUUCCAAAUUCAGUAAUCUGCAGGUAUUCUGAAGAUAAAAUUUGCAAGCGCUCAAUUUGAAGAAAUAAAAAUGAAGUUUCAGGUUUAGUUAUCUCACAUGAUACGAUAUAAUUGCUGCGCCGAUUUGACAAAUAUGUACUUUCCAAAGUGGGCGUUUUACAUUUAUCGUGAAUGGCAGUAAUUGGGAGACUAAUUAGAAUUUUCAGGUAUAUUAAUAAUUGAAAAGAUAAAAUUCACUUUCUCAUCAAUUCAUAUUUUUCUAUUAUUUUUUCUUUGAAUCAAUACCUUAUUUUU